AUGUCCAGCUCAACACAGAAAGAAAUCAAAGUCGGUAUCCUCGGCGCUACAGGAACCGUCGGCCAGCGUUUCAUCCAGCUCCUCUCCACGCACCCCUAUUUCCGCCUACACGCCCUCGGCGCCUCAUCCCGCUCCGCCGGCCAGACAUACGCCGCGGCGACAAAAUGGAAGUUGGCGACGCCGAUCCCGGAGGAAGUGGCGGGGAUGGUGGUGAGCGAGUGUGAUCCGAGUGUGGAGGCUUUUGGGGAGUGUGGGGUGGUGUUUUCGGGUUUGGACGAGAAGGUCGGGGAGAUUGAGGACGCCUUCCGCCGCGCCAACCUUGUCGUCUUCUCCAACGCCAAAAACUACCGUCGCGACUCCCUUGUCCCCCUUAUCGUCCCCACCGUAAAUCCCUCGCACCUGUCGGUCGUGCGCGCCCAGCAAGCCUCCCUAUCCCUCUCCAAAGGCUACCUUGUCACCAACGCCAACUGCUCCACCACUUGCAUCGUCGUCCCCCUGCGCGCCCUCGAACUCGCCUUUGGCCCCCUCAAGACCGUCAUGGUCACGACGCUCCAAGCCAUCUCUGGCGCGGGCUAUCCCGGCGUCUCAUCCCUAGACAUCCUGGACAACGUCGUCCCUUAUAUCGGGGGCGAAGAGGAGAAGAUCGAAUGGGAGACCAACAAGAUCCUCGGCGGCGUCACGGACGGUGAUGACGGGUUCGACCUCCACGCGGCAGGACCGGGACCCAUCAACGUCUCGGCACACUGUAAUCGCGUGCCGGUGAUUGACGGGCACACGGCGUGCGUCUCGGUCGCGUUCCAGUCGGGAACCAAGCCGAGCGUCGAGGAAGUCAAGAAGGUGUUGAAGGGGUACAAGGCGGAGGUGGUAGAGCUCGGAUGUCCCAGUGCGCCCAAGGAGAGCAUCGUGCUCCAUGAGGCGCAGGACAGACCGCAGCCUCGGCUGGAUAAAGAUUUGUAUGCGGGCGCAGCGGUACAUGUUGGAAGAGUCAGGGAGUGUAAUGUGCUGGAUAUCAAGUUUGUGUGUAUGCUGGAUAACGUGCGGUUGGGGGCGGCGACGAGCUCGGUCAUAAAUGCAGAGUACGCGGUGGUUAAGGGGUUUAUCCAGUAG